UGUGUGUGUGGGGCUGUCGCGCGAUGUGAAGGCGAAAACGGUGGCCGCAUUCUCGCGCGUUUGUGUGUCUCGCUUUGCAGCUGGCGGUCGUUAAUCUGAGAACAUCCACCGUGAUUUAAGCCAAGCUACGCGAAGGUAGUGGCAAGGGACGCAGUCGUAGGACCACACCAACCAACUGAGGAGAGGACGCCAAAAUGUCUGGCACCGACUCUGGAAUUGAGACUGGAAGCGAAAGCAACGGCAGCACAUCGAUGUCCGUCGGUUCUCCGCCCAGGCUGAACGCCGACAACGAUCAGGUUGAGCCGCAGGAUGAAGAAGUAGGCGAGCCAGCCGCUCCCUUCUUCCGCAGCGUUCAGCCCUUGGCCGUGCAGUGCCUCGGCGCCAUGGCGACGGAGUCGUCGUCCUCGUUGCACGGCCAUGGCACCAUGGAGGACGGCGACUCGUCCUCGCCACGUGCCUGGCUCGGCAAGAUACGCAUGCAGCACAGGCGCGCCUACAGGUGGCGUCACUUACCAGGCAACGGCUCCGCCUUCAGGAACAUCAUCGGUGAGCGCAAGCUACGCAUAGCAGCCAUCACAAACCAGAUCCCACUAGUGCGCCGUCUUCUGGAAACGGGUGUGAACCCGUGCGCUGCCGACGAACGUUCCCGCACUGCUUUGCACUUUGCGGCUUGCAAGGGUCACCUGGAAAUAAUCAAAAUGCUCCUAGAGCACGGCGCCGACCCAAACCAGAGGGACAUUGUUGGCAACACUCCGCUUCACCUUGCUGUUUGCACAAGUCAUACAGAGGUUAUCACACACCUGCUGAAAGCAGGAACCGACGUGAACUCGCUGGACAACUCGGGCCGCACACCGUUGCACCUGGCCCAGUCCAAGCUGCGCGUCCUGAAGGUGGACGUCUCCAAGUCGUCGGAGAAUGUCAAGCAGGAAGUCAUGAAUGUGAUCGAAAUGCUGCAAGUGUACCUCCAGCGCAGUGGCAAGCCGGCGGAGAGCGACCUGCUGGGCGCCUUUUCCACCAGGUUGCGUCCUGCACCAGACGCGGCAGGAGGUUGACAACGACGUACAAGAUCUGCUAUCCAGCUUAGCGCACUUAAGCCUGCACAAGACCUGAGUGGUGACGUUUCUGUAAACUUGCAGCAAGGUAACUGCCAUGAGACAAGACGUAGGAAGAAAAAAAAAGAGAGUAUAAAAACGUGAGGACUGUUCACGCUGCUCCGUCAGUUUCUCAGGAAGUUAUUCAUUUGUCGAUACAUGUUUUUGUGACAGCUGAACUGCGGGGAGGGCCAUGAAGACCAUCGCCCAGUUUCGUUUUGUUUUUGUACAAGGACAGUUCCCAAGUGCUGGAACAGUACAUCUGCCAGAACUGCCUCCCAGCUGUGGUGUGCAAAGUCGUGUUGUGCAAUGUGUUUCAUUCAGUGAGUUCAUCUGGUGCAUUAAACAUAUUUAAAA